CACUGGGUGGCUGAGACAAGUGGGAGAGAAACUUUAAUAAGAGCAUCCAGGAGACGGCAUCAUGGCGGGGAAGCCCAAGCUUCACUACUUCAAUGGACGAGGCCGAAUGGAGUCCGUCCGAUGGCUCCUGGCCACAGCUGGAGUCGAGUUUGAAGAGCAAUUUUUGCAAAGUCCAGAAGACUUGGAAAAGUUAAGAAAAGAUGGACAUUUGAUUUUCCAGCAAGUGCCAAUGGUCGAAAUUGAUGGGAUGAAGCUGGCACAGUCCAGAGCCAUCCUCAACUACAUUGCUGCCAAAUACAACCUCUAUGGGAAAGACAUAAAGGAGAGAGCCCUAAUUGAUAUGUAUUCGGAAGGUAUGAUGGAUUUGAAUGAAAUGAUCAUGCAUCUCCCACUCUGCCCACCUGAUCAAAAAGAUGCCAAGUUGACCGAGAUCAAAGAGAAAACAACAAAUCGAUAUUUCCCUGCCUUUGAAAAAGUGUUGAAGAGCCAUGGACAAGACUACCUGGUUGGCAACAGGCUGAGCAAGGCGGACAUUCAAGUGGUUGAACUUAUCUACUAUGUUGAAGAGAUUGACCCCAGCCUUCUGGCCAGCUUCCCCCUGCUGAAGGCCCUGAAGACCAGAAUCAGCAACCUUCCGACCGUGAAGAAGUUUCUGCAGCCCGGCAGUCAGAGGAAGCCUCCCAUAGAUGCGAAAAAGUUAGAAGAAGCCAGGAAGAUUUUCAAGUUUUAA